AUGCAAACUAUGAACAACCAGCAAGAAAUACAUGUGAACGUGUCCCCUGCCACUCCUUCUGUGAAAGACUUGGUGAAGGUUUUGUAUGGAGGGAAAAGGUUUGGAAACCAUGUUGAUGAAGUUUGGCCAAACUUAUUCAUUGGUGACAUGUAAGUCUUAAGCUUAUAACAUGAAUUCAACUCAGACUGUUUCCUUUCGAUGCAUGUCUGAUCUUAUUCCACGCUUCCUCCUACAGGUCGGUGGCUAACGAUCGCUACAGUUUGUGGAAGCUGGGAAUCACUCAUGUUGUGAAUGCAGCUCAUGGAAGGAUGCACUGUCAGGGGAGUCAUGACUUCUACGGCUCCUCUGUGGAUUAUUAUGGAGUGCCUGCUGAUGACUCACCGUCCUUUGACCUCUCACGCUAUUUCUUUCCCUCAGCUGAGUACAUUCAGAGUGCACUUGACACCGAUGGUGGUAAAUAACCCAUCAUUUUCUUUAAUGUCAUUGUUUUUGGCGAGGCACACUGUUCAAGUUUUUGUCUGAGUCACUUCUCACAUCCAGAAUCCCAAAUCGCAUACUUCCAUACUAAAUACUAGAUUGAGUAUACUAAGCAUACUAUGUACUCAAUCAUGCAGUGCGCAAGUUUCAAGGGUACAGUGCUGUCUCAAAUCGCAUACUGCUGCGCGGCGCACUGACUACGUCAUCCGGGUACUUUUGCAUACCCAUUUUUCGCAUACUAUCCAUACUUUUUUCCAUUUUGAGAUGAGUAUACUCAAAAAUUUAAGUAUUUAGUAUGGAAGUAUGCGAUUUGGGACACACCUUUAGACUCAUCACACCUUUCCUCCCUCUCUUCCAGCUCGUGUUUUUGUGCACUGUGCAGUUGGAGUGAGCAGAUCAGCCUCCCUCGUCCUGGCAUACCUAAUGAUCCACCAUCAUUACACCCUCCUAGAGGCCAUCAAUAAGGUCAAAGAGCGCAGAUGGAUUUUCCCAAACACAGGAUUCCUCAAACAGCUUUGUGCUUUGGACAUAAAACUACAAAUGAAUAUUUUCCCGCGCCUCCAAAACAAAUAGAUUUUCUAAUUUCUGGUUUAAUUCUAUUUCUUUUUCUCUGGAUAAAUGAAGGACUCAGACUGUGCCAGUGGAGGGGGAUACUGUACUUUGAUUGUAAUCAGAUUGAUCUAAGUAUAAUACAGCAUCACUUGUUGUUUCCCUCCUCUUGUGGGUUGUUUACUGUGAAUCAUACCGCCUGUUCACAGGUUAUUGACCCUUUUAUUAACAGGAGAUCAGGAUAAUGAACUCGCCCUGUGGCAGAAUCCAUUUCAGAGCUUAAUAAGAGAAACAGUGACUUGUUAAGCCCUAUUUUUUCAUUAUGUGGAGGAAAAUUACAUCUAAUUUAUUACGCUGUGUGUUCACUUUGACAACUAAACCAAACACCUACACUUUUUCCAAACUUUGUCGAACAGUUUAUAUCACUCCUUUUUACUGCUCAAAGUUUGUUAUUUAUCAUUUUAAAUUUAUAUUUCUUUAUCAGCUUCUUAACGUGAUUUUUUAUCCUAUCAGGCCACUCCAGGUUUAAAAUAAAAGGGAAACAUAGAGGCUUUUAAAAAUACAAUAAAUUAGUUGUAAACAGAAUUAUGAGACAUUUUCAAAUGAGCACCAUGUAUAGAUUUGUUUCUGCAAUCAGUUAUUCUGUGUACAUGUACAAGUAUACAUGCUAUAUAAAUUAUGGUUGUAAGUUAUAAGUUGUUUACAAGUAUACAAGUCUCAAAAACAUUGAAAAUAGUUGUAGUAUUUUUGAGAAAAAAGUGAAUAAAACAACAAUAAUAAAAACAAUAAUGAUAAACGGAAUUUAUACAGCACUUUUCAAACCACUUUUACAAAUUUGUGUCUAAAAAGGAAACUUUUCUAAAACCAAAAUGUUCAGAAUACUAAAUGUCUAAGCAAAAUAAUUUGAUGAUUAAAAAACAAUGAAGAUAUCCAGUGAUCUAAAUUUGCUCCUGCUUCUCAGCCAUCAAAUUCAUAAGAGCGUGAAAACAGCAUGUGAUCUAUGGGUGAGUUUUCAAUGGUGCUACCGUCUGUUGAGCAUGAAUUUAACUCUUGGAACUAUUUCAGCUGCUUUAUAAAACUUGUUUAAUCAAUACUGAAAGAAUUGACAUAAUAACUGAACAUCUUUCUGCAAAUGUUCUCACUGUCCUCCUUGAGUCUUUAAGUGUCAGCAUUAGAAGGAAGUUUGUUUGCUUUUAUGUCAUACAGACAAAAGCUGCUUUGAAUCUCUCAUGUGAAUUUAAAUUACUCAAACUCUAAAGUUAGAAAAACUAUAGCUAUACAACAUAAGAAUAAAUUAUUUUGAGAGCAAAAUUAUUUCAUGAAUACUUCUUUUUUAAAUCAACCUUGAUGAACACUGCAGUGGUGUUGAAUACACUAAGUAAUUUGCUAUAAUUACUAUCUAGAGCCAUGAUUUGUAUAAAUUAGUUAAUAAUUUGGUUAGUUUGUAGAUUGCCAUAAUUACUCACAAAGUUGUAAUCUAAUAUAUACUUCUGUUGUUAUGGUAAUACAUGGCAUUAUGGAGCUGAAAGUAAAUGUUAGAGUGCUGUGAAAAAAGUUAAGACCCUUUUCUCUUGCGGUUUUUAUGUAGGUGAGAAGGAGAGGAAGCUAUGGAGUAUGUUUUAUUAAGUAGAAACCUACAGUAAUUCUUCAGCCUCCUGAAUCUCCUACAGUCAUUGUAAAGCCUCCAAGAAAACUGUGGUACACAAUAUCAACUGAGCCUCUUCUUCCCACACAGAAUUACACGCUUAUACGUGGAUCUCACGAGAAUCACACAAUCACCAGCAGGUAUAGAUCUCAUUUUUCAGCAUCAUCUACAUAUCAGGUGGGAUUUGUGCUGUCGGUUCAUUUAUAAGCAGAAACAGCACUUAAAAUAAUCAAUCAAUAAAUGUCUUCAGGUCAAAAUGACCCAGAGACCUUUAUCGACUCUUUUUGUGUACAUCAGCGUCAACUUUUGUAGCACAUUAAUGCCUCCACAUUUUUACACACAUUUAUGACACAGAGAGGUCAAAGCGAUCACAUUCAAUAGCCAACAGGAAAGGUUAAUUCUGUUCUUCUUAAGUUUGAAAGCUGCUAUAUAACAGGAGGAUUAAGAAGAGCACUUAUGAAGGCUGCUUCAAUCCUCUCCAGCUUAAUUUUUCUCCUCUUUCAAGAUAUUUAUGUCCUAGCAGUAAACUAGCUGCACGCUGUUACUGUGUAUCUGUUGCAUAAAUACAGUGGACUUUCUGUCAUCCAGCCUGUGCAUUGCACUUAAACAUUUUUUCCUUAAUUACGUCCAAUUAUCACUGCUUUUAUGCAAUGAUUCAUCUCUGUUUGAGGCUUAUUAAAUUAGCUUCCCACAGCGGUGUGAAAAGCAGAGCCGGGGCUGCUCUGUUUGUUGUUCUGCCCUCUGCACGAGUAAGACUACACGCUAGGUUAAGCACUAAAUUGGGUAACCGUCCAGUGACGGCAGAUAAACACCUGCUCGCACAGAUCAUCCCGAGCCGGAGUUGACGGGAACUUCUCUAAUACAACAAACAUUUGGAGCAGAAAUCGAUCCAAGAAAGGGGGGAAUCAGACUCAGAAUGUCAGCCAGGAGAGCGAAGAGAAAAGAAUAUCUGACUGUGAAGGAUCUACAGAAGGUUUUGGACUCGUGCAAACUACAUUUGAAUGAAAUAGAUGAAGUGUGGCCAAAAAUUUACAUAGGGAAUGUGUAAGUAUGCAUUUUAUUUCUAAUUUGAAUUACACUUGCUGAGAAUUCCUGCAGAGAAAUCUGAACUUUUCUUCUGUAAGUUUUUGUUAAAUUUUCCGUAUACUUUGAUAAAACACUCUCUUUGUCUCUGUUUUGCUAGGGCAGUGGCCCAAAACAAGACAACCCUGUUAAAACUAGGUAUAACUCAUGUAUUAAACGCUGCACACUCAAAGCGAGGAAGCAUAGGGAACCAAAGCUUUUAUGGCAGCAGCUUUGUGUAUUGUGGCAUUCCUGCAGAUGACUCCACAUACUUUGAUCUGGAUGUUUACUUCAAGCCUGCGGCCGACUUCAUUCAUAAUGCUCUUAAGUCACCUGAUGGUAAGACUCCCUGAGGUUUCUUUUGCACAUUUCUGAACUGUGAGUUUUGAUUCUUUAAUCCAGAAACUACAGGAUGAGAUUCCCCCACUCCAUAUUACUUUUAUUUUACUCCAUAGGUCCUUAAUAAACUGAUCUACUUAAAUUCCCCCAUCAUGCAGCCCUUUCAGUGUCACCACAUUGUAACACAGCUUGUAAUGUGAGAGCAUUUCCAGUCAGCAGUAAUAAUAAGGGUCUUACCUUGCAGAAUUUAAGUCUAUAAUGUGACCAUGGCUUCUUUCAAAGAAGUUAUCAAGCAGAGGACACGUUGGGAUUAAAGAGACAGUCAGGCCCCGGUCUGCAAAGGGACUUUAAAUGAACAAAGGCAAUGAAUUGUGGGAACUAUUUUUAGCUCACAGCAGGAAAAAAAGAAAGGCCACAGCGUGAGACGGGCAGCCAUGUAUGAUAUUAAUAAGACUGAGGCCUCUCGCUAAUCCUGCCUUCACAUUCCCUCUCUUUCUUUCCUUUUAUCCUUGUCUGUUCUUCAGGGAAGGUUCUGGUGCACUGCAUCAUGGGAAUGAGCCGGUCAUCAACCUUGGUGUUAGCGUACCUCAUGAUCUACCAGCACCUCACCCUCAAACAGGCUCUGCAGAAAUUACUCCAGAAGAGAGCGAUCUAUCCCAACAGGAAUUUCCUGGCUCUGCUGUUAGAUCUGGAUCUUCAGCUGACGAGGAAAAAGAAAACGUGUCAGAUCCUGUAG